AUGUCGACCGAGCACAGCGCCGCUAUCCUGGAUACUACGACGCAAUUACCACCUACAGAAGUCCGUUGCUCGUACCCGAGUAAAUUAUGCAACAACCACCGCGCUGUUAAAGAUAAUGGUGACCUGCAUAAACUUUGCGAUUUCCAUCGCAAGAAAGCCAACGUAAACCAGCAGCGUAUGCAACAAAAGCGUCGCCUUAUUCGUCAGCAAAUGGUUGAGCAUAAGAAGCGAUUUAUGGACGCAGCUCAAGCUCCGAUGGAGUAUAAUGCUUCUACGAACAUGAUGGAGCCAAAAGAACCGAUCUGUAAUCUUUCGCAUGAGGAAGUGAUGAUGCUAGAGGUCAUGCUCUUCGACGAGGACGAUGGCGACUGCGAGGGGAUGGCAUUCCCUUUUGAUUUCCCGGUUACUGGUACAUACCCACCUCACAUGCCGUCUGGCAACAUGUCAUUGUAG